AUGCGCGUUGGUUAUCAGGUCGGGCAGGUGGUGCAGCGGGACAGCAUCGACCAUCAGCAACAGUGGCAAAACCACCUGGAGCAGUUCCGUGCUUCCCGCGACGCCGGGUUCGAUAUCUAUUGCUGGGCCCACCACUACCUGAUCGACCCCUUCCAGCACUUCCAGCCCUGGCCGGUGCUGGCUAGGCUGGCCGCAGAGCCAGGAGACAUGAAACUGGCCACCUCGGUCCUGUUGCUGCCGCUGCUGAAUCCGGUGGAGGUCGCCGAGCAGGCGGCUACCCUCGACCACAUCGCGGAAGGGCGCUUCAUCCUCGGCAUCGGGCUGGGUUACCGCCCGGAAGAGUGUGAAGCCUUCGGAACGCAGAUGUCGGAGCGCGGCGCCCGCUGUACCGAAGCUCUCGGCCUGAUGCGCCGGCUGUGGAGCGACGAAGAGGUGACCCACCACGGCCGCUACUACAACGUAACCGGGGCGCGGCCCACCGCGCGGCCCUACCAGAAGCCCCACCCCAAGAUCUGGCAGGCCGCGAUGAGCGAUCCGGCGGUGCGCCGGGUCGGCCGGGGCGGCGACAUCCUCUACGUCGGACCCGCCCAGUCCAACGCCACCAUUCCGGCCCAGAUACCGCUGUACCAUCAGACCCUGGAGGAAACGGCCACGAUGGCCAACUUCGCCAAGAAGUACGAAGUCUACGCCUAUCACGGUCUCCACGGCGCCGACGACGAACUGACCCGCAAGGUGACCGGCGACCUGGAAACGCUGAUGGACGACACCUUCCUGGUGGGCAGCCCCGAGGAAUGCGUCGAACAGAUCGCCGCCUACCACGAAAUGGGGUUCACCGACGUGGCUCUGCGGUUGUUCUACCCGGAGAUGUCCCAGGUCGAGGUGCUGGAGCAUAUCGACCUGGUGGGCCGAGAGGUCAUACCGGCGUUGCACGCCCUGUAG